GAUGUCCCCCUUCUACGCCUAUCCGACGAGACGAAGACGAAUGAUAAAGGAGAACUUCGCCGCCCAGGGCAUCGCCAUAAGAUCGCCAUCGCAGCUUGACGAUACAUACAUAUACGUCACCGAAUCAGUAUGACCGACGAUCCGUAUCUGGGACACACCAUCACCGCCUUCGAGGGCGGCAUAACUACGCAUGUCAUCACCCACCCUUCCCAUCCCGACCGUGUCUUCGCAUACGAGGUGACCUUCCUGCUUCAGCACCCGCGUGUCGUCGCCGUCGCAUCGCGCAAGCCGCCGCUGCACCUGCACCCGCACCAGGAGGAGUAUAUCGAGGUUCUCGAAGGGCGGUUGGUAGUCGAAGUGGAAGGCAAAGAGAGCACACUCCUUCCCGAAGAUGGCGAGUUCACAGUUCUCCCGUGGACGAACCACAGGCUCUACUCGCCAGUGUCCGACAGGAAGAGCGAGGGUGCGGACCCGGACACGAAGGUGACUAGAUUCAUACUUUCAGGUGAAAGGACUCCGGAGCCGCUACGGUUGGAUACCGUCUUCUUCGAGAACUGGUACGCGUACCAGGACCAGGUCGUCUUGAAGGGCAUGAAGAUCGAUCUGAUUCAGGUUAUGAGUAUGUUCGACGCCGGUGGAUCUUACCUCUCUCUCCCACCUUGGAUACCGUUCGGUAGGACAAUAGCCCAAGUCUUGGGUAUCGUCAUCGGGAGGUGGAUAGGAGGAAUUCUAGGAUAUCAACCAUUCUACCGCGAAUGGACGACAGACUGGGAGUCAGCCUGUCGCAAGAUGGAGGUAUCCGUCUUCCAACGACGGUUCGCCAAUAGGUCCAAGUCCCUCCCUCCUUAGCAACCUACAUCAAGCGAUUUUCUCUUUACAUCGUGUAUUUAUCACCUACCCCUUAUGACUGAACGACAAACUGUCCCCACGAGGAAUGAACCGAAAUAGUCGCCGCCUCUCGGGUUGCGUAUACCAAUCAGACCCUAACCUAGCAUUGCCUUUUCGUUUCUGUUAAACGCCUCCUGUCAGAGUGGUGUUGUCUUCCAGGAUUCUCGCCCAUUCUCUGCUUCCGGUCCAUAUUCUCUGCUGAUUAUUCUCACCCAGACUGUUGUGAGACGAGUUGGGCUCCCGCGUGAGCAACUGGGAGCGUUCAUGCUCUCUCGGAUCCGCGCUAUCCGUGGUAAACUCCACGAUGCCGCCAGCUUACACUGCCAUGCACAGGCUUGAGUCUGUCAGGGCUUGG